AAAAACCUAACCUCAUUCAUUUAUUGCUUUCUUUGCUUUGCCUUUUCAUUUUUUUUUGUAUUCGCCCAAAUGCAAUAAAUACUGUUUCCUUCAUCAUGUCUAAAACUACGAAGAGGAAACAUGUGAUGAAGGAAAUACUUUGGGAUGAUUUCGAGUUGCCCAAAGAAAAUCAAAGUGUUGUGAAAGUUGUUAGUAGCAAAGGCAACAAUUUACAUGAGGUGGAGUCACACACUGGUGAAAUAUAUCUAGCGUCAAUGCCAACUAAGUUCAGAAAGAACAUUUGGGUCAAAAGAGGCGACUACAUCCUCGUAGAACCUAUAUUGGAAGGAGAUAAAGUGAAAGCAGAAAUCGUAAGAAUAAUGAACAAAGAUUCUAUUAAGUUCUUCAAAGAGAACAAUGUAUGGCCACAAGAGUUUGAAGAUAAAAAGGUGGAGAGUGUUUGUGAUAAAAAUAGUGAUGAUUCAAACAGUGAUGAUGAUUUGUUUGUGAACACUAAUAGAGUGAAUGUAAAUAAUUAUAGUUCUAGUGAUACAGAAUCUAGCAGUGAUGAUAAUACAUAAUAAAAUUACAUAUUUCUUUUAACUA